AUGAGCCGUAACGGCAGACGUCGCAGUCGAAGCAGAAGCCCACGAGGACGGGGAGGGCCACCGGCAAGUCGAUACGAAAUCGGAAAAUUGCAAUCACUACGGCCCGUCCAAUGGUCACAGGUAAAGCUGGAACCGAUUGUCCGCGAACCAUACCGCUCAAAGGCAACAUACCGGCGAACGGAUCGCGAGGUAUCAGAGUGGCGCCGGACGAAGGAGAUAACUACGAAAGGCCGCGAGAUUCCUGAUCCCAUAUUCACGUUCGAGGAGUCCGGAUUUCCAGCUGAAAUCAUCGACGAGCUGCGGUUUGCCGGAUUCACCACACCAACGCCGAUCCAAGCACAGGGAUGGCCAAUUGCACUGACAGGACGGGAUAUGGUCGGCAUUGCGAAGACCGGGUCGGGAAAAACACUUUCCUAUUUAAUACCGGCACUUAUUCACAUCGACCAGCAGCCGCGUCUUCGGCGAGGAGACGGUCCGAUCGCGCUGAUUCUUGCUCCCACCCGUGAACUGGCCCAGCAGAUUAAGCAAGUAGCGGAUGAUUUUGGUCGCGCACUUAAGUACAAGAAUACCUGCCUGUUCGGAGGUGGUAAGAAGCGGAAACAGUUGGAUGAUCUCGAGUUUGGUGUAGAAAUAGUUAUCGCUACACCGGGUCGGUUGAUUGAUUUCUUGUCAACCAAUCAGACAAACUUGCGGCGCUGUUCGUACCUCGUUUUGGACGAAGCAGAUCGGAUGUUGGACAUGGGCUUCGAACCGCAGAUACGUACUAUCAUAGAGCAGAUCCGACCUGACCGCCAGACGCUAAUGUGGUCUGCUACAUGGCCGGAUGUGGUUGCCCGACUCGUGAAAGAUUACAUGAAGGAUUAUGCACAAAUCAACGUGGGAUCGUUGAAACUAGCAGCAAACCACAAUAUCCUGCAGAUCAUUGACGUGUGCCAGGAGUACGAGAAAGAGUCAAAGUUGAGCAUUUUGCUGCGUGAGAUUAUGGCCGAAAAGGAGUGCAAAACAAUCAUCUUCAUCGAAACGAAGAAGCGUGUCGAUGACAUAACGCGAAAGGUAAAGCGAGACGGUUGGCCGGCCCGCUGUAUCCAUGGUGAUAAAUCCCAAACCGAACGAGAUACCACGUUGAAUUCAUUUCGUUCUGGUAGAACUCCUAUUUUAAUAGCCACCGAUGUGGCAGCACGUGGUUUGGAUGUGGACGAUGUAAAGUUCGUGAUAAACUUCGAUUUUCCCACCACCUCGGAGGAUUAUAUUCAUCGCAUCGGACGUACAGGACGGUGCAACAACACCGGAACGGCGUAUACAUUUUUUACACCCAACAAUGCGGCAAAAGCGCGUGACCUAAUCGAUGUGUUGAAGGAGGCGAAACAAGUGAUCAAUCCAAAAUUGGUGGAGCUGACGAGCAUGAAGGUUAAAUCGAAAGGCAACCGCUUUAUGACGUCACGUUACCCUCGAGAACGGCGUUCGCGAUCACUUUCACGUUCCAGGUCGAAAUCACGAUCACCUGUGCGUGGUCGGGGAACAGCUCCUGCAGAUCGGCGUCGGGCUCAAACUCGAUCUCGUUCUCGUUCUCGUUCCCAUUCUCGAUCGGGUUUACGUCGCUCGCCUUUGAGUCGUCGUGACAAUCGAGUACGAGGAUCUCCGGGACGACGCAGUCUGUCACAUAGUUCGCGUCGUAGCAACAGCGUUAGACGUCGGCGUUUGUUGCCAGUCACAAGAAAGACGUCCCGCUCGCCUCCGUCGAAUCGCAGUCCGGUGGUUGUCCGCAGGAAUGGACGCGAUCAGAAGAACGGUCGUUCGCUGAGUCGCGAUCGAGAUCGGAACCGCGAUCGGGAGCAUGAACGGGAUCGCGAGCGUGACAGGGAUCGAGACCGUGACCGUGAGCGCGAUCGGAACCGUGACCGCGAGCGAGAUCGCGAACGUGAUCGGGUACGGGGACGGUCACGGGACAAGGAGCGAGAUCGCCGUCGUCGCAGCCGCAGUAGCAGCAGAAACCGCAAUGGAAAUGGUCGAGGAUCAUCUUACGAUCGGUACUAGAAGUGCCGUAAGCCAGCACAUAUGCGAUCAAAUGAUGUUUCGAACAACUAACGGCCAUCGGUAUGUUGUAGGAGUCUAGAUACAAAGAAUGGGAUCGAUGAGGAAAUAAGGGGAGAGAUAUUGCUACCCCUAAUCGAAGAGAGUCAACCGUAUAGCACUGUAAACACUUUGCUAUUCUAUUGAGCAGUUAAGGUGUUGACUCUGAAUCAAUCACUAUUUGAACGCAAAGUAUUAGAAGUGAAACGUUGAACAAUCGAAUCAAUUCCUAAAAGGGGUGUGAGUGUCUUUGCAUAUAAA